GGUCCCGCCCCCCGAUGGCCCCCACCUUGCCUUGCCUUCCCUCCCCUCUCUCGCCUUAUCUCGCUGUUUGUGUAUGUGGAAUGCGGGUCAAGCGGAACUCCGAGCCCGAACUGCGCCUCACCUCCAAGAAAAACGGCGGCUUGCAGAGUCCCGGCGUGCACCCGAGCGAUUCCUUCGCUCACAGCCUCAGGGGGACGCGUUUGUUUACCAGCUAACGGCACAGCUGCAGCUGAGCUUGAACUAUGUCACCCCCAACGACACAGUCCGCGCAUGUGUACGCCGAGGAAAUCGCGAGGCCUGUGUGAAGCUGGUGCUCCUCUGACGCGCCACCAUGAAGAGAAGUCGACACCCCAGCAGCAGCGACGACUCAGAUGAUGCCAGCAAUUCCACCUGCUGGUCGCAGCAUUCGUCUCAGGCCAGAAGAGGAAGCAGGCAGAAACCUUCCGAGGUCUUCAGGACGGAUCUGAUCACGGCCAUGAAGGUGCACGACUCGUACCAGCUCAACCCGGAGGAUUUCUACGUCCUGGCCGACCCGUGGCGGCAGGAGUGGGAGAAGGGCGUCCAGGUGCCCGUCAGCCCGCAGUCCAUCCCGCAGCCGGCGGCCCGCCCGCUGGCCGACGGCGGCAAGGAGGUCACGUUCGUCCGGCCCAAGAAGCUGAUCCGCACGUCGGCCGCCCAGGCCUUGGGCUACGUGGACAUCCGCACCCUGGCCGAGGGCACGUGUCGCUACGACCUCAACGAGGAAGACGUCACCUGGCUGCAGGUUGCCAACCAGGAGUUUGCCAAGUUGGCCCUCCCGCCGUUGGACGAGUUUGCCAUGGAGCGCGCCUUGGAGGAGUUUGAGCGUCGCUGCCACGACAACAUGACGCACGCCACCGAGACGCAGGAGGGCCUGGGCAUCGAGUACGACGAGGACGUGGUGUGCGACGUGUGCCAGUCGCCCGACGGCGAGGACAACAACGAGAUGGUGUUCUGCGACAAGUGCAACAUCUGCGUCCACCAGGCGUGUUACGGCAUCCAGAAGGUGCCCAAGGGCAGUUGGCUCUGUCGGAUCUGCGCCUUGGGGAUCCUGCCAAAGUGCCAGCUGUGCCCGAAGAAGGGCGGCGCCAUGAAGCCCACCCGCAGCGGAACCAAGUGGGUCCACGUCAGCUGUGCCUUGUGGAUCCCAGAGGUGAGCAUCGGGAACCCGGAGAAGAUGGAGCCCAUCACCAACGUGUCGCACAUUCCCAGCAACCGGUGGGCGCUCAACUGCUGCCUGUGUAAAGAGAAAACGGGAGCCUGCAUUCAGUGCUCUGCCAAAAACUGCCGCGUUGCCUUCCACGUGACGUGCGGCCUCCACGCCGGUCUGGAGAUGACCACCCUCCUCACCCAGGACGACGAGGUCAAGUUCAAGUCCUACUGUCCCAAGCAUUCGGGCCUGGAGGGCGGCGACCUCAGGGAGCGAGACUCUGACGGCGAAGGGGAGAAGGAGGAGGGCGCCGGAAGCAAGAAGGGCAAACGGCGCGGGAGGAUCCGGGGGGACGAGGAGGAAGAGGACCCAGCCGCGGCCCCACCCGCCGCCUCCACCUCCACCUCCUCCUCGUCGCCGUCGUCUUUAUGCCUCGUCCGCCAACGCGACCCGCAGGAUAAUCGCGUCAACCUCCGAAAGAUGAAGCUGCAAGAGAUGGAGGAGGUCUUCUACCAAUUUGUGGACGCCGAGGAGGUGGGCCGCCACCUCAAGAUGGCGCCGGAGACGGUCGACUUCCUCUACCAGUACUGGAAGCUGAAGCGCAAAGCCAACUUCAACCAGCCGCUGCUCACGCCCAAGAAGGACGAGGAGGACAGCCUGGCCCGACGCGAGCACGAGGUGCUGCUGAGACGCCUGCAGCUCUUCACCCAUCUCCGCCAAGAUUUGGAGAGGGUCCGUAACCUGACCUACAUGGUGACCCGGCGGGAAAAGAUGAAGCGUUCCCUGUGGCGAGUGCAGGAGCAGAUCUUCCAGCACCAAAUCCGGCUCAUAGACCAAGAGCUGCUCACUGGGAAUCCGUCCAAGACGAACCUACAGCGCCUUUUUUCUGAGGACCACCUGAACUCUCUCGGGUGCCACGCCGGGACCCCGUGGAGCCACUCGGCGCACAAAACCAAACGGCGGUCCAAGCAAGACAAGGGGAAGUCACGUGAAAGGAAAGGACUCUCCGACUCGCUGCUGGUUUCCAAGAAGGACAUCAAAACCCUCGACGCCAAAUCCUUGCAGGUCAAAGAGUCCGGCUCGGACCCCCAGACCUCGAACCACCUGAAUGACGGCCUCACGCUUCGGCACGUGAAGUCCCCAAAGCAGGAGGUGACCUCUCAGGAAGGUAUUGGCGUGAAACCGCAUCGGAAAACCGUGCGGAGGGAGGCCCCGGGCCCCGAACGGCGGAAAGAAAAACAACCCGAGCACGAGGAGCGGAAGAGGAAGCGGUGGACCGACGUUUCGGAGACCUCCGCCGGAUCCCAGAAAGUCCGCUUCCAUCCCAAACAUCUGGAUAAAACCGUCUCCAUCCGGCUGGUGGACAUCCGAUCGUCGGACGCCGAAGAAAUUCGAAGCGGCUCGGGAAACCCGGACGUUGUCAACCACGGUCAAGUCAAAGAGUCCCCGUCGGAUGUUCCCCGCGUGUCUAACGGGUCCCUGAAAGGCUGGGGCAAGUUCCGGAUCCCCAAGCGGAGCGAGAAGACGGAGCCGGAACAGCGCAAACAAUUGCUGCGGCCGCUCACCAACACGCCGACGCCGGGGCCCCAGCACCCGAGGACCAGGCUGCGCACGGGGGCCGAGAACGAGGACGGCGGGCCCGAGGUGCUGGAGCCCUGCUUGAAACGCUGCCACUCGCACCAGCUCAGGGGCGACGCCUCCCUCAGCCGCCGCUACGGCUCCGACAUCAUCCGCCGUGGCGUCCUCGCAUCCUGACCCGCGAGGGAAAAAGACAAAUAGGCGCUACCUUUUUAUUUUUCUGGACAAAUCCGAUAAAAAUGUCUGAGUAGAGCUGAUAUUUAUUUUUUACGUGUAAUAUAAACUGGGAAAUAUUGGACUUUAUUUUGAGACACUUUUUGUUCUGCCGCUGACCCGCAAGGGACCACAAAGCUCUCGUGAUUUAUUUUUUUUGUUUUGUGCGUGCGUGCGCGUGUUGAAAGUUGCAGAAGGGGUGGAAAUUUUCCAAAACAUUCUUGCGAUGUUAAGAUCGGGAAAUACUCCAAAUUGGAACAUUUCCAUGGGAAUUCAAUUGAAUUGAGCAACUUGCGCUCAUGAACCCGUGGUGACAUGAUCGCCUGGUUUCAAAUGAGCAAUUCCCAUGGAAAGUUUCCAUGGUUGAAACUGGCCAACAAGUUUCCAACCCUUGUGAAAAGUGUUCCCAAGUGUUUUGCACGACGCAGGAAGCGGCAGCGACCUUUUUUACGAUUGGCAUUUAAGACGAGUUGGCAGUGACGCAGACGCUCGCCAUUAGCACUUGAGUGUCGUUGAACUCGCGCCCGCACCACGUGCCUCACUUGAAGAGUUUGCACUACGACGGGCCGGCCAGAGUUAUUUUUACACUGAAAGAAAACAAAAAUCCUGGGCCGCUGCUGUACUACUGUUAUGCAAAAAGUUCGAUUGCUUUGAUUGUCUUUAGUCUAAAAGAGGAAUAAAAAUCUCUGGAGGAGCGAC